AUGUCUAGUUACGACAUGGAACGAACGUUUUCGACGUAUUUUGUCGUCGUCUUGAUGGUUGUCAUUGCGGUGGCAUUGGGAGAUCGACUGCAAUGUAAAGACCCUAAUGGCCAACCAAUCGACUGGUUCACGGCUAUUAAGCUGCCGAAUCUCAAGUCGGACUUGUCCGAUGGGACGGGUUACAUCUAUAUGGACGCCAAGAACCCGGAGUGGACUUACUCGACCGGGAUCACGACCGAAGAGUCAGCUGUUGGACACACAGUGGCGCAGAUGUACACAACCAACCCAACUUAUAACGAGUCAAUAAUGUGGGCCGUGUACAACGAUGCACCGACAAACGGUCCAGUGACGUUCUCAAAGGGCCAUACCAAAGGCAUGGUGGUGGCCAACAAUAGUUCGGGCUUGUGGCUGGUGCACAGCGUACCCAAGUUUCCACAGUUACCUUACCAGAACAACAACUCGUACACUUACCCCAAGACUGGAGUGUUGUACGGCCAAAGUUUUCUGUGUAUGUCGAUGUCGGCCGAGGAACUGGACAAGGUAGGCGAUCAGUUGAUCAACAACGAGGUGCUAAUGUACGGCAGUCACUUCGGGGGUGAUCUGAAAUCGACGUACCCAAGUCUGUACAACGCCACUCUGCCGCACCAUGUUCCCGGAGUGAAAAACGAUGGAGUCAGGGUACAGCCUCUUCAGUCUACUGGAGGAAUUGAGUUCUUGUCCAUUUCAAAAAACAGGCACUUUGGAAAAGAUUUAUAUGAAGACUUAAUCACACACAUGACAAAAUCCAAUGUGUACACAGAGACUUGGUUGAAUUCGGCGGAUAGGUUCAAUUCGUCAUGUUCCAGCAAAUACAAGGCUAUGAACAUUAAGUCGUUGGCCAUGAAGAACAUAAAGGGGCUGAAAAACGUGUCGUACAAUUCGGCUAAAGACCAUUCCAAAUGGGUUGUAACUGGGAAGAGAUCUAUACAUUGGACUUGCAUUGGCGACAUCAAUCGAAGUGAAAAACAGACAGAGCGUGGAGGUGGAACAGUAUGCAUACAAUCAUUACCAAUAUGGGAUCAAUAUAAACAACUAGUGUCAGAUAUUGAAAAGUGUAAAAUUUAG